GUUCUAGUCACACUCAGCUGUCGAAUUGCAUCAACUUGCAAAUGACACCGUAUAUGUUACGAAUGUUGUUACUCCAGAUGUUAAGUUUUCACGUUACACAUUUUCGUCCGUAGAUUAUACUGAUCGAUAUCACACUUCAAUAAUUGGUGCAAUCUCAAUCCGUCCCGUGCAAGCUAUUCAAAAGCUAUUAACUCCGGCCUUGUGAUAAGACCUUCAAAAAGUUCAUAUAACGAAAGCAUUGAAAUGCAGUCUUUUUGGCAAACUCCUAUCAAUAUUCACGAAGAGAAUUGAAUGUAAAAUGUUCCGGCAAUAGUUUUUCGAAACAGCAUGAAGCCGUGCGAAGUUUACAUAUCGCAAAUGGUACUUUGUUCCUGACAGCGGGUGAUUGGCGGUUUAUUGCCGUAUAGUAUGACCGACGCUAGAACUGCAUGGAUUACCUAUUCUAGGUCUCUGGGCCACAGCAGCGCCCCCAGGAAUGUCAAAUUGAUAAUAGAUUUAAUGGAUGGUAAUUAAACCGUUGCAAGGUAUAAAGUCGUAACUAUUGGCAGCGUUUCUACCAGUUCAAGUUUUCGAAUUGCACGACAGUUCAGCAUAAAUUGCCUCCAGCUGCAGGAGAAAAUAAUGAGAGUUUUAUUGAUGUUUUUCGAAUUUGUGGUGGUAUGGGACUAUGGUAAUUCUAAGCAGUUACUAAGAAACAUGGAAACAUUCGAAUUUGGCUCUAACGAGAUUGACGAACGCAGUGGAGAAGCCGUGCGUUCGAAUCGUACUGUGGAACGGAUCAAUCUAACGCUUCCAGGUACUAAAUGGUGUGGACCAGGAAACACGGCCGACGACUAUGAAGACCUCGGCAAACACGAGGACGAAGAUAUGUGCUGCCGAGAUCAUGAUCACUGCGACAACAUACCGGCCGGAGAAACGAAACAUGGACUCAAGAACGACGAUUAUUUCACACGACUUCACUGCAAGUGUGACAGAGAUUUCCAGCAGUGUCUCAAGAAGAUCAACAGUACUCUUUCGAAUCGCCUUGGUGGGUUCUACUUUGCGGUGCGGGAUAAGUGCUACAAGAAACAAUAUCCUGUUGUGGAGUGUGGGGAAAAGAAAAACAUGCUGUUUCUGCGACGAUGCGUGCGAUAUGUACUGGAUAGUUCGAAAGAACGUGAAUGGCAAUGGUUCGAUCUGCCCUUCUAUGAUGACAACAUGAUGGUAGAUUUUUAAUAGUUUUUUUUGUCUUAAUUAUUUGUUUGUGGAUACUAAAAUUUAAAAUAUAGUACUGUUAUCUGU